UACCUCAUGUAGAACUUCCCCCUUCUUCGUCCUACUCCUCUUGCUCUCUCUCUUUUCUCGAAGUUCUUCUUGUUGGCUAGGUUCUUGAGGCUUCUUGAUCCCUUGAAGGAAGAUUUUAAUGCCAAAAUGGGUUUCUUGUUGGAGGAUCCUAGCUGUUGCUUGAUAGUAACCCAUGUCCUGUACAAAGCAGCUCUUAUAUUUGCAGUGAUGAGAUGGGUCUUGUCUUGGGCUUUCAGGCUCAGAGACAGAAUCACCAUGUCCUCCUCAUCUUCUUCUUCCUCCUCUGUUGAAACAGAGCACGCUCCCUCCGUUUCUUCCCAGAUGAUAAGAGACAAUCUGGUGCUGACCACCUAUGCGGAUGUCAUGGAGAGGCUGCCACAGAUCUGUGAAACGUGUGCAGUAUGCCUUAGCCAGCUGAGGGAGGACGAUGAAGUCAGGGAGCUGAGGAACUGUUGCCAUGUUUUCCACAGAGAAUGCAUUGACAGAUGGGUGGAUCAUGAUGGCCAUCAAGAUCAUGAUCAUGAAGAUAAUCACAAGUCUUGCCCGCUCUGUAGAGCCCCCUUGCUGACCCCCUCACAGAGCUCGGACUGGAGUAUGAACGAACCCAGUUGGGCUGUGGAGAGACUUCUCUAUCUUUUUGGGGAUGAUCUGCUUCUAUAGUUAUCUUGGAAUUUUUUUUCCUCUUCAUUUUUGACUUUUUUUGGAAGGCUUAGAGUAGAUGUGAUUACUGUGAUCUGUAAGUUUAGUCGCUAUAAUCGAAUUUAAUCUUUAUAUUGAAAUCAGCAAUCACUCACUACUGAUGUUCAAGAUUCUUGGUUCUUGUUAUUGUGGUUGGACCGGCUUGGGCUUUCUUGUGUACAUAAUCCAGAGUCACUUCUUCCUUUAGUAAAGUUUUGUGUUUCUUUUUUCAAA